UAAAUUGUUCCCCUUUUCACAUUGUUUCAGUCUAGAUUCUGAUUGGUUUUUGAAAUAAAUUUUAAUAUUUAACCAGAACCAAUUCUACGCUGCUGAGUUUAUUUAUUUAUCUAUAUCCUAGCUGCUAGAUAAUAUCACUUCUGUUUUCCCAACAGACUCCGAAUACAAAACAGAUUCUAUCUUUAAUUCUCUCAAUUAACAAGUACAGAUUAUAUUUUAUCUUACUGUCGCAGUUAAGUAAGUAAACAUGCUUCAUCGAUAUAUGCUGGCGUUUAUCUACUUUAUAUUCUUCAUAUAUAUUCAUCAUAUCAAUGCUAAUGAUGACAACGUUGUAUCCUUUAAAGAAAUGCCUACCAGACUAUCUCCAGUAUUGAGAAAUCAUAUAAUGAAACGUAAUUACUUAUGGGAUGCACGUUUGGGUAAGCGUUCAAUGAAUACUAUGAAUCGUGAUUCAUUACCAUGGUAUAAAUCUAUGCGCGAUCCAUAUCCCAAUGAUGAUAAUUAUUUCGGAGGUUAUCCUGGUCAUGAUGACUGACUGACAAAGAAAAAGACGAGAAAAACAAAGAUGACAUCUGAUUGGCCUGAACAUUGAAUAUUUUCAGUUUUUAUUUUGAUGUAUUGUAUUUUUUCUUUCUGUUCACAUGGUAACAUGUAAGAACCUGACGAUACCUAUAGUUUAAACUUAUGAAACCAAUAAUAAUAAUAAAAAAGUGUUAUAAUUCCAUAUGUUUUAAAUAUUUCUAUAAAAUAUAACUGCAAGUGACAG